UAGGCCAGACCUACGAGAUGGGACCCUGGAAAAUCCAGAUGCCGAAUGGUUUACUGAUGGCAGCAGCUAUAUGAAGGAAGGAGUUAGAAAGGCAGACUAUGCCAUAGUGGAUUUUACUCAGACAUUAGAAGCCCAAGCACUACCACACAAUACUUCAGCCCAAAAGGCGGAGCUUAUUGCAUUGACUAAGACUUUACAACUGGGAAAAGGUCAGCAAGUUAAUAUAAAUAGAUAGAUAGGUAGAUUCCAGAUAUGCUUUCCUUGUGCUACAUGCACACACAGCCAUCUGGAAAGAGAGGGGCUUACUGACCCCUGUUAAAUAUGGAAAAGAGAUACUGGCUCUACUUCAGGCAGUACUGGAGCUUUUAGAGGUGGCUGUCAUCCACUGCAAGGGACAUCAGAAGGGAGAUAAUUAUGUUAACCAGGGAAAUGCAUGAGCAGAUAGAACAGCUAUGCAGGAAAAUUUGGAAAGGGCCCUUAUACCUCAAUCUGUGGAAGUCAUUAAGGAACUGCACUAUAUGGAGCCGGAGUUGAAUGGGCCCAACAGCAAGGCUAUACUAAAAAUGCAAAUGGAUGGUGGAUGCUAAAUCAUAAUUAUGCUACCAAUGGUCACUCAAUGGAAAAUUAUAAAGUAGAUACACAACUCUACCCACUUGGGAAGAGAUACCUUAGUACAAUUGGUCUCCCGAGCUUUUGGAGGAAAGGGACUAAAUACAGUCAUAAAGGAAAUGACUCUCUCUUGGCCACUGUGUUUACAGAAUAACCCUCCCCAUGUAAGGCCACCUCCCCUGUUGACUCCUGUGCAGAGGAAGGGAACAGACAGGUGUAGAUUGGCAGGUUGAUUUUACCAAUAUGCUCCCAAUUAGUAAUUAUAGGUACCUCCUAGUCUUUAUUGUUACUCUUACAGGAUGGAUGGAGGCCUUUUCAACCCGAAUGGAGAAAGCACACAAGGUGCUUAAAGCCAUGUUAAAAGACAUCGUGCCAUGCUUUGGACUCCCACGGUCACUCCAGAGUUACAAUGGAACCCGGCAACUUCUGAAAAUAAUGAUGACCAUGCAGGAGACAGUGAGAAUGGCGGUGACUGAAGGAGAUCCAGCUCGUGAAGUGAACUCAUUAGAUGAGAUAGGCAGAGACUCCCAGACCGAGAACAGGCAGGGUCUGCGCCCCUAAUCAGCAGGAAGUAGCUACAGAAGAUGGAGACUCAACGCCCAUCAACAUCCCCUUAAGAUUAAGGUCUGGAGUCUCUGAGGGGGGAAUGAAGUAGGCAGGCAUACAGGUUGGAUUUGUGAACUGGAAGACCACGCCCCUGUGUGACCUCAUGCUCCUACCUGAUGCCUUGGCCACGCCCUUGUGUGGCUUCAUUCCCCUACCUGGCCUUACCGGGGUGCCCACCAGCCAAUCAGGUUAAUUGACCACUCCCCUUUGGAGUGGGUUAAAAGCCUGGGGCACAGUGUGCCCAGCCUGCUCUUUUUCCCUGGCGUCUUGCUAGGAAGGGGCUUGCUGUAGCCCCACACCUCCAGGGCGCAUGGCCUUCGGGCCAUGUGCUCUGGGCAUCCUGGCCUAGAUGCUCUUCCACGUGGCUGGUUCCUGGUGCUUGGUCCAGAAACUGCUCAGGUGUGGAUGUAGGUGGUUGAGCAACAGGCAGUCCUGCCUUCUUGAUUCCCCAUAAAGAUACAGUUCUCUGCAGUGCAUCUGAGAAGCAGCAGACAACCCAAUUUCUUGAGUCCCUGCCACCAUGAGGGAGACUUGGAUGGAGUUCCAGAUCCGAGCUUUGAUCUGACCCAGUCCCAGCCAUUGUGACCAUUUGGCUUUAAGGUGAUUGACGAGGACAGAGUCCCUAAGCUGCGAAGAGACUGAAUUUUGGAAACUCCGUCCAGAACUCCACAGUGUGUAUUUAGGUGCUCUUCCCUCAGGCCUGCAGGUGGACAGCAAGAGCAACAGUGAUGAUAGCAUUUGAAGACCUGGCUGUGUUCUUUACUUGGGAGGAAUGGCAGAACAUGAACCAAGCUCAGAAAAUCCUGUACAGGGAUGUGAUGCUGGAGACCUACAGCAGCCUGUUCUCCCUGGGGUACUGCAUGACCAAACCUGACUUGAUCUUCAAGUUGGAGCAAGGAGCAGAGCCCUGGAUGGGGGAAGAAUGCCUACAUCAGAGCCUUCCAGUUGCCAUGAAACUGGAUGAACUGAUUAAGACCAACCAGAAAAGUCUGGAGGAAAAUCUGAAUCAGGAUGUUAUGAAAAAUAAUAAGACAUUAACUUCCAAGGGAGUUGAAUUCAGAAAAACACUUAAUUUAAGUAUAAGCCAUAUUCCAAAACUGAGUAUCAAAAAGAGAAACUAUUCAGGAAUAAAACCUGAAGAAUGUAGUAUAUGUCAGAAUGUGUAUCCCCAUUGUGGGCCUGAUCAGCUACAAGCUGGAGAGAAAUUUGAUGCUACUACGGUACCUGGGAACACUCUCCAGUUCUGUGAGCCUCUUAAUCAACAGCACAAAGUUCAGACCAUGGAGCAGGCACUUGAACAAAUUGGACAAGGGAAAGUCUUCAAAAGGAAGAACAUAUUCUAUGAAUCUGAGAAGCUUUUUAUGGUAGAAACCUGUAAUAAGCCAACUGCCACUAUUGGCAAGACAACUCAAAUACUACAAGAUUUCCAUAAAAAGUCUAACCUCAGUAUACAUCAACAAAGUCCCAAAAGAGAGAACGUUUAUAAGUAUAUUGGGCCUGUGGAACCUGUCAUUUACCAAUCACAUGUUAGAAUGAAUCAUAGACCAAAUAUAGAGAAGAAAUCCUAUGCAUGUAAAACUUGUGGGAAGUCAUUCAGUAAUAAAUUCUGCCAUCCCCUCCAUCACAGCACUCAUAUAGUGGAAAACCCUCAUGUGUGUAAUGAUUGUGGAGAAACCACUCACCAGAAGUCAGGUGUCAUUAGACAUCAGAGAAUUCACACAGGGAAGAAACCUUAUGAAUGCAAUGACUGUGGAAAAACCUUUGGCCAGAAGUCAAACCUCAUAAAUCAUCAGAGAAGUCACACAGGGGAUAAGCCUUAUGAAUGCAAUGACUGUGGAAAAACCUUUGGCCACAAGUCAAACCUCAUAAAUCAUCAGAGAAUUCACACAGGGGAUAAGCCUUAUGAAUGCAAUGACUGUGGAAAAGCCUUUGGCCAGAAGUCACACCUCAUAAAUCAUCAGAGAAUUCACACAGGUGAUAAGCCUUAUGAAUGCAGUGACUGCGGAAAAGCCUUUGCCCAGAAGUCACACCUCAGAACGCAUCAGAGAAUUCACACAGGGGAGAAACCUUAUGAAUGCAGUGACUGUGGAAAAACCUUUGGCCAGAAGUCAAGCCUCAGAAAGCAUCAGAGAAUUCACACAGGGGAUAAGCCUUAUGAAUGUGGUGACUGCGGAAAAACCUUUGGCCAGAAGUCAUCCCUCAUAAAUCAUCAGAGAAUUCACACAGGGGAGAAACCUUAUGAAUGCAAUGACUGUGGAAAUACCUUUAGCCGGAAAUCAACACUCACAAAUCAUCAGAGAAGUCACACAGGGGAGAAACCUUAUGAAUGCAGUGACUGUGGAAAAACCUUUGCCCAGAAGCCACACCUCAUAAAUCAUCAGAGAAUUCACACAGGGGAUAAGCCUUAUGAAUGCAAUGACUGUGGAAAAACCUUUGGCCAGAAGUCACAACUCAAAAUGCAUCAGAGAAUUCACACCAUGGAGAAAGCUUAUAAAUGAAAUGACUGUGGAAAAGCCUUUGGUCCCAUCCUUGCAUACCGAGGAUAAAUCCCACUUGGUCUGGGUGGAUGAUCUUUCUGAUGCAUUGUUAGAUUAAAUUGGCCAGAAUUUUGUUGCGGAUCUUUGCAUGUAUGUUCAUCAGGGAAAUUGGUCUAUAAUUACUUUCUCUGUUGUAGUUUUUUCAGGUUUAGGAAUGAAGGUGAUGCUGGCUUCAUAGAAAGAAUUUGGGAGAAUCACCUCUCUCUCAAUUGUUUUGAAUAACUUCAGAAGAAUUGAAGUUAGUUCUUCUUUAAAUGUCUGUCAGAAUUCAACAGUGAAGCCAUCCAAUCCUGGGAUUUUCUUUGUGGCAAGGAUCUUUAUUACUGAUAUCAUUUCCAUCUGGUUGUGGGUGUGUUUAGUUUUCCUAUAUCUGUGUUGCUCAAUUUACGUAGGUUUUAUGGAUGUCAGGAUGGUGGAAAGCCUUUUUGCUGUAAUUCAUAACUCAUAAGAUAUCAGAGAAUUCACACAGGGAAUUUUCUAUAUGACCUUUUUGUACAAGUUAUAUCUCAUGAAAUAUUAGAGAAUUCACCAAGGGGAGAAAUGCAUGAAUGUAAUAAAUGUGAAUAAGCCUUUGUGGUGCAAAUCAGACCUCAUCAAACAUAAAAGAAUUCUCAUGGGGAGAAAUUUUAUGAAUGUAAUGACUCAGAGCCUUUUACCAUAAUUCAGCCCUCACUGUACAUCAUCAAAUUCAUAUAGGGAAAAACCCCUUUGAAAGUAAAAUCCCUUUAAUUAGAAGCCAUACCUCAUAAGACAACAGGGAAUUCACAUGGGAGAGAAACAUUAUGGGUGUAAUGAGUGUUGGAAAGCUCCUUAUAUCAGAAUGCACAACAUAUAUAUCUAAUGAAUGAAAUACAUGUGAGAAAGCCAUUUCACAUAAGUAAUGCCUCAUAAUCCAUCAUGGAGUUUGAACAAGGG